GCCCCGUCCCGGCGGCCGGCUCGGCGGGGGCUGCCCCCGCAGCCCACCAUGACCGGGCCGAGGCUGGCCCUCGCCGCCGCGCUCCUCUGCAGCUGCACCUCGCCGGUGGCCGACGCCAACUCCUGGUGGUCUUUGGCCAUGAACCCCAUCCAGAGACCUGAGAUGUACAUCAUCGGCGCUCAGCCGGUGUGCAGCCAGCUGCCGGGGCUCUCCCCUGGGCAGCGCAAGCUCUGCCAGCUCUACCAGGAGCACAUGGUGUUCAUCGGGGAAGGGGCCCGCAGCGCCAUCAAGGAGUGCCAGUACCAGUUUCGGCAGCGGCGGUGGAACUGCAGCACGGUGGACAACACCUCCGUCUUUGGGAGGGUCAUGAAAAUAGGGAGCAGAGAGACCGCCUUCACCUACGCCGUCAGUGCGGCCGGGGUGGUGAACGCCAUCAGCCGGGCCUGCCGUGAGGGAGAGCUCUCCAGCUGUGGCUGCAGCCGCACGGCCCGGCCCAAGGACUUGCCCCGAGACUGGCUGUGGGGCGGCUGCGGCGAUAACGUGGAGUACGGAUAUCGUUUCGCCAAGGAAUUCGUGGAUGCCAAGGAGAGGGAGAAGAACUACGUGAGGGGUUCAGAGGAGCAGGCCCGCAUGCUGAUGAACUUGCAGAACAACGAGGCUGGUCGCAGGGCCGUGUACAAGCUGGCAGACGUGGCCUGCAAGUGCCACGGCGUGUCGGGCUCCUGCAGCCUCAAGACCUGCUGGCUGCAGCUGGCUGACUUCCGCAAGGUGGGCGACCUGCUGAAGGAGAAGUACGACAGCGCCGCUGCCAUGAGGAUCAGCCGCAAGGGGAAGCUGGAGCUGGUGAACAACCGGUUCAACAUGCCCACGCAAGAGGACCUGGUCUACGUUGACCCCAGCCCGGACUAUUGCCUGCGCAACGAGACCACUGGCUCCCUGGGCACCCAGGGCCGGCUGUGCAACAAGACCUCGGAGGGCAUGGAUGGGUGCGAGCUGAUGUGCUGCGGACGGGGCUAUGACCAGUUCAAGAGCGUCCAGGUGGAGCGUUGCCACUGCAAGUUCCAUUGGUGCUGUUAUGUCAAGUGUAAAAAGUGCACAGAGAUCGUUGACCAGUAUGUCUGUAAAUGAAAGGAGCCACCAAAGCAACAAAUCUAUAUUAUAUAAAUCUAUAUAAAUAUAUUUUAUAUUUGUAUAAAUAAACAGAUGAUGAUAAUAAUUAAAGAAGCUUA